AUGUUUGGCAAGAUUAUCUAAGCAGAGAUUAUCAAGACGAACCAAAAAGUGUAAUUUAAAAUAUCUCAAUUUACGAACAAUGAAGAGAUUGACUAAAAGAUUAUUAAAAACUUUAUCAAAGAAGUAGAUAUUGAUUUGGUACACAUUACUAAUCUACCUAUCUUAACAUAAUUAACAGUUGAAUAUAACAGAAUGAUGGGAAACAAUUAAACAUACAGUAUAGAAAAUGUUUAAAAUUGGAUUAAAUCAAGUGAAUUGAUUGAGCUCACUUAUGCAUUAAGAUGGGUAUAUGAAAAAUCUUCAGAAAAAGAAAGAGAAGAGAUUGAUAUUUAUUUUGAUACUAAUGAUGAAAUUCUAAAGAAGAUAGUGCUUUUAAAUAUAUGUUUGGAAUAGAAAAAAGAAAUUUCAAUAUCUAAUUUAAUUGAAUUAGUUAGUGAUAAUACAGAAAUUUUAUAUGGUUUGUCUUUAUAUCUGUAAAAAAUAAUAGAAACCCAACAAGACUUUUAAAAAUAUGUCCCUUUACUUUUGCAAAUGAUUUAAUAAGGUGAUAAAACAGCAAUUAAUUAAUUAAUCAUAGUUGAAUUAAUUGAAAAAGUUUUAACAAAAUUUUCAAAGUAGAAAAAUGAACUCUUUGAUGAAUUGAUCUUCAAUGAUUACAUCAUAUAAUAAUUAGAAUGGUAAGAAGAUUAUAAAAAUUAUACUUUAAAAGAAUUAGAAAACCCAAACUUAAGUCUAAGAAAAACAAAAUAAGCAUAUCAAUACACAAAAGAUUAAUAUGAAAUCAUAAUAUAGAAAUUUAAAAGUUAAUGGGAAGAAAAAUUAGCUAAAAUAAUCAAAUCAAAUUAGUCAGAAUAGGGAAAUUAAAUUACAAUGAGCAUGGAUGAUAUGUUUAGUUCUGCUGUAUUAGAAGAAAGCUAACAAGAGAAAUAAUUAUCUGCUGUAUUAGAAAAAAGCUAACAAGAGGAAUAAAUAUCCACUCUAAGGAGAAGAAAAACUAAAGUUAUAAGACCUAUUAAUCCAGAAUCAAUUCCAAACCCAAUUACAAAUCCUCCACCUGCCCAAUCUAGUGUUCCUCCAUCACCUUUAAUUUAGGGUCAAUCUGGGAUUUCUCCACAAUCGAAGGGUCAAUCUGGUAUUCCUCCACCUCCACUAUCUGGUGUUCCUCCACCUCCUCCUCCACAAUCCAAGGGUCAAUCUGAUGUUCCUCCACCUCCACCUUCACCUCCACCUCCACCUCCACCUCCACAACCCAAACCUCAAUCUGGCACUAAACCCAUCCCUCCUCCCCCUUAAAAAGUUUAAUAAUCUUCAGCCCCUAAAGUAGCUCAAAAAGCACCUGGUCAUCCAGAUUAUAUUAAAUUUAAUUAUCCUAUUGUUGAAAAUGAUAUUGAAGGAACUAUCUGGAAGGCUCAAUUGCAAAAUUAUUAGGUUAAAAUAAAUGAAGGAAUUCUAAAAUAAUUUGAAAAGAAGUAAAAAUAAUAACAAACAGAGUAAAAAAAAGUAAUACAAAAACUAAUACAAAAAGAAGUAGUAGAGUAUCUAGAUUCUGUUUUUGGAAAUUAAAUGGGGAUAUAAUUAAAACAGAAAAUACUUCAGAAAAUCGAUUUAGAUAAUAUUUUGGAAUAGAUAAACUAACUUGAAUUUCUAAAUUAGAAUAAAGAUAAGGAAAUGAGAUUAAAUAUCGACCAUCUUAAUGAGAUUAUCGAAAAAGUAACAUAAGACAAUAUUAUAAAAAUUUAAGAUAAUAUAAUAAAAGCUAAAAAAAGUAGUUAAGCAUAUGUAAAAAAAAGACUAGAAGAAGAAGACCAAUUAUAAAAGUAAGAAAAAGAAAGAUUAACAUAUCUAUCAAUAGAGGAUAGAGUAUUAGCUCUUUUUGAAUUAGAUUCAAAUGUGAAUAGUUGCUAAAAUGAUCUGUAAACUACCCUUGGCGAAUAUGAAGUUCAAAAAAUUCUUUCAUAGCUUGAACCAGAGUUAGAAUAAUAUAGAAAAACUCUUAUUACUACAGAGUCAGAAGAAUAGAAAAAUGAUAUUAUGUUACAAUUUGAAGAGGCACUUUUCAAAAAAUAAAAACUGCUUAAAUCUAAAAAGUUAUAGAUUUAAGAUAAAUUCUAAGUUCCUAAUAUUGAUCUUUUUCUCAAAUAUUUAUAUGAAAGAAAUACUAGAAAAGGAAUUUAAAUUGAAGCCUUUUAUAAAGAGCAUCUUGAUCGUAAAAUCCAUAUUGAAAAUGCAGUAACAUAAUAUAGUGAAGUGUUUGAAGAGCUGAAAAAGGAUGAAGAGUUGAUUCUGUAUUUCCAAUAUAUCAAAGAAUACGGAAAAGUGUUUAAUAAUAUUAAGGCUGAUUAGUUUGGAUUUAAAUUUGAAAAUAUAAUUGCCUUCUCAUAUAAAACAUAAUAAUUAGAAGGUAGUUAAGAAGAAUUAAUAAAAUAUAUUGUAGAACAUAUGAUUAAACAAGGUAUUCCAUUUACGGAAUUAUAAAAUACCCCAUUUAAGCAUCUUUAGACUUUAUCCUAAGAAUUUAAUGGUCUAAAUGAAAUUCAAAACUUAAUAAAACAAUAUAAAACUCACCAGAGAUUCCUUGAAACCAAUUUAUAAUCUCUAAGUCAAGAUGAAGAAAAUACUGAAUUUAUCAAAAAAGCAAAAAAAUAUGUUUCUGAAUAUAAAGAUUUUAUAUAUUAAAUGGAAACAAUCUAUUAGAAUGAUUAAAAUAAUUAUUAAUAAAUAAGAAACUUCUUUUGUGAUGAUAGGCCAAAUAUAGAAUCUCCAAUAUUCUUUGGGAAUAUAUUUUAGAUUAAAAGUUUGCUAAGAAACUAUUAUAAUCAAAUCUAAAGUGAAAUAAAAAAGAAAAAGCUAGAUUUAGCUAGAAGUAGAAGGAUUGGAGUAUGA